AUGCCCGUGAUAAAUCGCCAAUCUCUCGGCGGCGUCCUCCUCUUGGCCAGCUUAGCCGCUGCUCAGGGACAGGGAGACGUCGACCCCUUUGCGCCCGUCUACACAAGCUGUCCCUCCGGCUUGGCAGUGCGGUCAGCUUCAGAGGGACUCUCGCGCUCGGAAUCAUCUUGGAGGGUAACCCGCGGCGAAAAGGUCAUUCCCGCGCUCAGCUCUUACCUCACAUUGGCGAAUAUUUCUGGAUUCGAUGUCCAGGGCUACAUUCAGCGUCUCAAUACCUCCAACUAUCCCGUCGUUGGUCUCUCCGUCUCCGGAGGAGGCACUCAGUCGGGUGUUGGAGGUCUUGGGAUAUGGCAGGCUUUUGAUGUCCGCAAUCCGGCUGCCGUUGCUGCUCGCACGGGUGGUUUGACGCAGGUCCUGUCAUACAUCACUGGUCUAAGUGGCGGGGGUGCCUUGACCGUGAGCACAUUAGCUGCCAACGAUUUCAUAUCCAUAAGUGCUCUAAGGAAACAAAUCAACUUCACUGUCGACUACACCCUGGGCCCGAACGGCAACAUCACCACCUAUCUGACAGAUAUCUUUGAAAACGUUGGCGCAAAGGCAGAGACAGGACUUCCUGUCUCCGUCGCCGACGCCUUUGGCCAGUUCUGGGCAACCUAUCUCCCAGAGAACCGUACUCAUGGCAACUACUCUGACCUUGCCCAAUCAGGAACCGUCUUCUCUUCAGGCGAAGCCCCAAUGCCCAUCAUAGCUCUCUCUGAGGUCAUCCCCGGACAGUCACCCACAAUCGGUGGCAUCACGUGGCCUGGAAGAAACAACACCAACGGAUUCAAUCUGACUUCCUACGAAGUGACGCCCUUUGAGUUCGGAAGCUGGCGAGGCGGUAGAAUCCAGGCUUUCAUGCCGACAAUGUACCUGGGAACCUCCAUGUCCAACGGCACGGCCCAGAACAGCAGUGAAUGCGUUCAGGGGUUCGACAAGUUCACCUUCAUCCAGGGGUCUACAGCCGACGCUUUUGACGCGUGGUUCAUCGACGACUGGUACGACACUCCAAUCUUUGCCAAGCGGGCGCUCGAAACAGGCCCGCCAAACACCUCGGUCAUCGUGCCUCCCCCUCAGUUCGAAGACGACGGCCGUGUGAUCCUCGUCAACCAGACGGCCGAGUCCUUCAACCAGACAUUCAACGAGUCUCUGUGGGCCACCUACCCGAACCCCUUUGAGGACUACAACCCCGCAAUGCAAGGGAUCGACGAGCUCCUCCUCCGCCAGGUCGACCUGGUCAUCGUCUACGAGGCCUCCUCGGACGCGCAGUACAACUGGGUCAACGGCACCAACCUCGUCAACACGGCGCAGUCAGCGGCCCAGGGCAACAUCCCCUUCCCGCGCAUCCCCGACGUCGCGACGCUGGUGACGCAAAACCUGACCAAGCAGCCCACCUUCUUCGGCUGCGACGCCGCCACGUCGCCGCCUACGCCGCUGGUGCUCUACCUGCCCAACUCGCCGUGGUCCGGCUACAGCAACUUUUCCUUCUUCAAGUCCUCCUUCACGGACAACGAGUUCGACCUCACCGUCGACAACGCCUUUAACCUUGCGACCUACGGCAACGGUACGGUGGAUGCAGCGUGGCCCGCCUGCCUCGCUUGCGCGACGAUCCGUGGAAGUCUGAUCAGGGCCGGUGUCGAACUGCCGGAGCAGUGUCAGGAGUGCUUCCGCCGCCAUUGUUGGAACGGGCAGGUUGCCAAUCGUACCAUCACGGCGGACGAUCUCGAUCCCAAGCUGAGACUCAACUCGAGCCUGUCGUUUGCGGAGUGGAAUCAGACGUAUUGGAGCAGUCAGACGAGUACGGGUGGUGCUAGCGGCGGAGGAAGUGGCGGGAGCAGCGGCGCCGGGACCGGAGGCAAUGGCGGCGGUGGUGCCUCAUCCACACCCUCGGCUUCGGCCACGGCGAGCCCCUCUGGUGCAUCGAGUUCGGCCGAACUUGCACGAGUGGCAGCUGCUGUGACCGUGGCUUCUCUUGUUGCUCUGAUAGCAUUGUUAUAA